AUGGGGAAUUCCGUCGGGUUGUUGUUUUCCGGGUUGGGUCGAGCCAUCGACAAAGUCCUCGGCCAUCCUCUUGAGUUCCUGUCGGGAAAAUCCUGCAAUGCUCUUAUUCUUAUACCUAUUGUACAAUCUCGGAAUCUGUCAAUGCAUUUGCUGCACGCUCUUUCGAAUCACGUGGGCUUGUUUUUCCACUUGUUUCUCCUCGUUCGAUUUUUGCUGCUCGUGUUUAUGUUACAAGUUACGAACGAUAAGGAGAUCGCAUCGAUUAGAAUCCCCGAGUUCUCGCUUUUCGUACCGAUCAAUCAUCUUCAAUCCCUGCAAAGAAGCCUAGACCGGAGAGGAAGAAUCUCCGGCUUGGUCCUCCAACGGUCAAGGCAUGGACUAAUUCCGGGCUCAGAAGUCCCAAUCCUGUCAUCAAGUGCCAUGUGUAAAGGACAGGCUACGGCCACGUUCCCCCUGUCUCGGAAACCUUUGCCCCUCACGCUCCACUAA